UCCUUUGCUACACUCCAAAGACAUCAGUGUGGACCAAAUUCUUUAAGUUCCCUUAAUUCUCUGAUCAAGGCCAAAAUUCUCUUGAGAGUAAUUAGCUCUUAAUUGGCUCAAAUCUUUAAGCAUCCUCUCUAGCGGAGCUUUUCAUUGGAAGGAAAACAAGACAUUUGCAUAAGAGGGGCCAACAUGUCAGAAACUAGUCCUUCUACCAUUGAUAUUGCAAAAAUGAGAAAUGCUCUUCUGUCAUCUAUUUCUUCAAGGCUUCACUGCUAUGGAAACAAUGAAGUUCAGUUAGAUAUUUUAGAGCGUUCCAUGCAGAUGAACGACCUAAUAAAUGACUUCAACAUGGAGUCUAGAAUGUUCAACAAUGACAGCCAAUUGGGUAAAGGAGACUAUACACAGCCUAGCCAGUCUCAGUCUCUGAUAUAUGACCACAAUCAUCAUCCAGGUAGUCUUUAUGGCAUCCCAAGCAGCAAAGACAUUUCUCAGCAAUCAUUGUUACUUGACAAGGACCCUUUUCUUUCUCAAUAUGAAAGAGUAUAUGGAAAGGCCAGAAAAAGUCCAUUUGAGUACACUGGCAACAUGCCCUUGUGGAAAAAAAUGAAAAGCAAAAUCACGAUCAUGGAACCGAAAUGGUAUCAAACAAAAGAAGUUCCAGAGAUAAUCCCUCCGCACAAUUUGCAUGUGCCCAUGAAGAGAAAUCAGAAGCUUAGCGAUAAAGUUACAACUCUACAAAGGUUGGUUUCACCUUUUGGCAAGACCGACACUGCCUCGGUUCUUCAUGAGGCUUCUAUUAAUAUCAAGCUUCUUCAAGCACAAAUCCGGACUUUGUUUCAGAUGCUGAGCUUCUCUUACUUUAGUACGAUUAAAGAUCCCCAUACACAGGAAUGUGGGGACCAAUUGCAGGUUGACCUAAGGAGCAGAGGACUUUGUUUGGUUCCCAUAUCAAUCACAGAGAAAGUAACAAUGGUAGACCAGAUUCAUCACGAUUCAACCUCAAGAAUUAUUCACCCUUGAAAUUUCUAAUUCAAUAAUUAUGAACUGUAUGAUGCUGACAAUGAACAUAUUUAGGGACAUCACUCCCCUGUAAGCUUCGGACUUGGCGCAGUAUUUAAUAUAAUGCAAGUAACGAUAAUCUUGGAUUUUCA